GAUUCCAGAGCGUCACCCGGACGUCCCGCCCACACGCAUGAAGCAGCAAACAUGGCAGCUCCCACCGACAUCAGUCUGCAAAUCUCAGCGUCUAUCGCUGAUAUUUUGAAUGAAAACCACCAACCUCAACACCUGCAGUCUCUGAAAACGUUUACAGCUGAGUUGCGGGAAAAAGAAUUCAGGGAUGCUGUGGAGGAGGAGGUGUUCUCCAGCCUCCUGAAAGUCCUGACCAGGCUGUGUGAAGAGCUGCAGGCCGCCAACAGUGACGGUGAAGAUCUGCAGUCGUUUACGUUGCAGCUGCAGCUGACUGCUGAGUGCUUCAGGGCCCAAAGGAACUCCUGCGUCCAGAGUACUCGCAACCAAACUCUGCUCAGGGAACUUGGUUUCAUUGAUGUGUCUCUUAAACUGCUGAGCUUACUUCGGCCCUUAAAUGUGGAGAGCACGGACGCCAUAUUUGAGCCUCUUCGUUGUGGGAUCCAAUUCCUCGGUAAUUUAGCAGUCGGAAACCAAAUGUGUAAAGAUGACAUUUGGCAACUAAGCUUCCCAGAUCUUCUCCUGCAGCUGCUCAGUGUUGAAGAUGAGAAGACGGUGAACUACACCUCCAUGGUGCUCCACACAUGUCUGGAUGAAACCAAAGUGGAGGAUUUGUCGAAUCCGCAGAACAUCCAGCUGGCGCUCAGGGUGAUGGAGCUCUGCAAUACGCAGCCCGACCUGGACUGGACGGUACUCAUUGCAACGCAGCAUUUCCUCAGGUCUUCAGUUCUCGUGGAGAGCAUGUACUCUGGGAUGUCUCACCAUGAAAGAGUUACGCUGUUGGAGCUGCUCUUUGCCCAGCUCAGAGAGGAGGACUCGGAGGAGUGUGGUGUUCCUCCCAGCGUGGCUCGUUUCCUGGCCAGUUCCUUCCAGCAGGGUUGUGGAGCUGUUCUUACACUCGCUACUGGCUCUGCUUCCAGUGACGAGCAGGUCCUGCAGGAGGCGCUGACAGUGAUCAGUCUGCUGGACGUUCUGUGUGAGAUGACCUCAGACAACAAGCAGUUCAUGUUUCUGCAGGACCAUCCUGACCUUGUGGUGACCACUGUUGAGCUCCUGCAGCAGGUUCAUGCCAUCGGGAAGGCCAGUAAGAACAUCUUCAGCGCUGCUCAGAACUUCUCCUCCUUCGGGCCCGAUGCAGACUUGUCCUCUCAUUCUCCUGUCAUCAGCUUCAAGGCUCAUCUCAUCAGGCUCAUAGGAAACCUCUGCCACGGCAACGCCAACAACCAGGACAAGGUGAGAGAACUGGAAGGAAUCCCCCUCAUCCUGGACAACUGCAACAUCGACAGCAACAAUCCUUUUAUCAGUCAGUGGGCCAUCUUUGCCAUCAGGAACUUGUUAGAACACAACACGCAGAACCAGGAGCUGGUCGCCGCCUUGGAACGCAGCGGCACCGCCGACUACUCUGCGCUCAGGGAGCUGGGUUUCCUGGUGGAGGAGCGAGAUGGAAGAUUGCUGCUCAAACCAGUCAGGAAAGAUUCCUAAAGACUCUGGAGGAGCAGCGAAGAGAAAGAAGCUUCUCAGCCCGCGAAAAACAGGUUCUCACGCAAAGCAAAUGUUAAGAAGGGAAAUAAGUACAUGUGCACACGUAUACUCUGGUGUGAACAUGUUGGCUUUUUGUGUUGCAAGCCUCAUUAAUCAGCUUCUUCUACGGGUUAAUAACCUGUACAUCAUCAAACAUGUAACGUCCGUGCCUGUCCAGAAUAACUGACAGCCACACUGCCGAUAGAGCAAGCAAAAAAAAACACUUUUGAAUUUGGUAUUUCUACCAGAGAAGUAUAUAUAGCUUACUUUUCUACCUCAGUGAUGCUAACACUCAAGGUAUUCUUUGUACACAAAAGGCCCAUGGGGUCCUGGCUGGUAUAGAAGCAGAGGUCAGGAUGUCAGCAGCUCCUGCUUUGUCUUGACCUGAGUCUGGGAAAUGAAGAGUUUGUGAGAGGUGAGCACAUGCUGGUACCUUUUGGCAACGCCGAUGCUUUGUGAUUUAAUCCAAAGACAAAGAGCACCGCAGUGUUCGGGCUUUUUGCUUUUCAGAGACGGUGAUGUUACCAGCAGGGGUUGGAGUUUAAUCCCAGGCCCAUAGUGGCUUCUGCAGUAACCAUGAAACAGAGAAUGACCAAAACAUGAUGUAAUCUACCCCCUCCCCGCCUCACCUAAUUAAACGGUGGCAUCUUGGGAAACCACAUUAUUCCAAUGCUUCAAAUAGUUGCUCAUCUAAACAGAUGUAUAUUUAUUAAUACGUUGCAGUGCAAAACGCAGUAAUACAAAAAAUAUCCAACUAUGCAUGUUUUAUGAUCUAAGAACAAGGCUCGGCGUACACCACAAGCUUGUUUCUCUGCUUGCUUUUGCAAUAACAGUAAUGAGUCUUGUGGAUUUCAUGUCUUUCUUCUUCUACUUCCAACCUGAUGAUAAACAAGAGGGCUUAUCGCAUGCAGCAAAAAAUAAUGAACCAUCCUAAUAUUAGUAACAUUGAGUCCAUGUAAGCUAUAUUUAACUUUCUUAGAUAUUUAAUAAAUACUGUACUUCCGUUUUAGCCGUA